AUGCUUUACUUUCACACAAUUAUUCGCUCAAAAACCCUCUAUUUUUCCGUGAUCCAAUACAUAUUAAAAAAAAAAAAACCAUUUUCUAUUUAUUCUUGUUUAAUCAAUUACGAGGAUAUUUUUAUUUCUGGGAUUUGUUUGUGCUUCUGGGUUAUACUGAUAUUGGAUCCAAUUAACACAAGUUCAUACUUGAGUUUAUUCGCGGCCUUUUCAUAUGGAAUUGCCUCUAUGGCUAUGGUUUUUAUCAAUAAGGCAGUGCUUAUGCAGUAUGCCCAGUCAAUGACUCUGCUUACUCUUCAGCAAAUGGCGACAACUUUGCUUAUACACUUUGCUAGAGUAAUGGGAUACACAAAAGCCAGAGGAUUUAAUGUAGAGACGGCAAAAAGACUUAUACUAGUUUCGUUAUUUUACAAUGCAAAUGUUGCAUUUGCUUUAGCAAGCUUGAAAGGAGUAAAUAUCCCAAUGUACAUUGCCAUCAAAAGGCUUACACCGCUUGCUGUACUAAUAGCAGGAUACUUUUCAGGGAAAGGGAUUCCUACAAUUCAGGUGACUCUUUCAGUGAUCCUAACUGCUGCAGGAGUUAUUAUAGCCGCGCUUGGAGAUUUUUCCUUUGAUCUUUUCGGAUAUGGCAUGGCCUUUACUUCUGUUUUUUUCCAGACUAUGUACCUCGUCUUAGUGGAGAGGUCAGGUGCAGAGGAUGGGCUUUCAUCAGUUGAAAUCAUGUUAUAUAACAGCGUUUUGUCUGUACCGUUUCUUCUAUUCCUCAUCAUAGCAACAGGAGAGUUUCCGGAUUCUCUGUCAAUACUGUUUGCAAAGAGUACUUCACUAUCAUUUUUGGUUAUUCUUAUUCUUUCACUCGUGAUGGGUAUAGUUCUGAACUAUACCAUGUUUUUGUGUACCAUUGUCAACUCUGCUUUAACAACUACCAUUGUUGGCGUCCUCAAGGGAGUCGGUUCCACAACCCUCGGCUUUGUGUUACUGGGAGGAGUGCAAGUACACGCUUUGAAUGUUACUGGACUGGUAAUCAACACUGCCGGUGGCAUCUGGUAUUCAUUCGCAAAAUAUCAGCAGAAGAUGAAAAACAAGUUGCCGAGGGUGAUAUCUGAUGCUGAAGCUCAUCGUAAAUGA